AUGUCUUUUUAGGUUUAUAAACCUUGCAAUUAAACAUAAAAUAAAGAAGAAUAUAUUUGUACAAAUAAGUAGUGUUUGGCUGAUCAUAAAAAGUAGUUACACUGUUAUCCUUGUUUGACAAAAUUGCAUCGGGAUAAAAAAUAGAAAAUUUCUCAUCUUGAUGAUUUUAUGGAAAUGUCCUAAAUUAUGUUUAAAGUACAAUAGAAGAAGGACUAAAGAAUACUAUUUUUGAAUUAGAUUUAGCAAAAGGCUAUAGAUUUUCAGAAGGAGAAAGUUCAAUACAUACAAAAAUAUCCCUUUCAUUCAACCGAGUAUUUGGAGGAAGUAGUUUAAAAAGUAGAGAAUGAAAUAUCGAAAUUCUCAAAUUUUUGGGAGGUUCAAUUUUAUAAUUAGGAAAAUCACAAUGUCAUAUUUGAUCUGUUUCAUUCUAAUGAAAAUCAAUACAAUUCAAAUACUUAAUAGAAACUUUAUGAGUUAUUUACAAAUGUGAACAAAUUCUUGCAAUAAAAGGAUCUUAAUGUUUACGAAACCUUAUCAAACUAAAGGAAAAAAUUCUAAGUGCUAGAAGAGAAAGUAAUGGCUUUAGAGAGACCCUUCACUAUAAAUAAGCUUCUGAAAUAUACUUUUUUCAUUCUGUUGAUGGUUGUGUUCAGUAACUAUUUUUUGCACCCCAAUAAUUCUAGUAGCAAUGUAGUUUUGAGGGAUGAAUCAAAAUUGAUUGAAUAGAUUAAAUAGACAGUCUAAGAAUAAAUGACUCUUUUGUAAUUAGAUACUAAAAAUCAGAUAGAAGAAAUGAAACAUAAGUGGUUUGAAGAAAUUAUGAAAGAUAUAGAGUACAUAAAAUUAUUUAAUUAAAAAUUAAAAAUAGAAAUAAUAGAAUUCUAGAAAAGCUAUAAAGAUCACUUUUAUGCUCAAUCUUAAAUUAAUAACAAUUAGAAAAUAUAGAUUGAAAAUUUGGAGUAAUAAAUUGGGAAUCAAACUCAAAUGAUCAUGAAUUUAGAUAUGAAAUUGUAGAAUUAUUCGAAAGAUAAAUAAUAAUCUUCAUAGAAGAAAGAUAUUAAUACUUAGGAUCUUGAGGCUUAAUUCUAAGAAACACACAAAUAAGUUAAAGCAGUCGAUUUAAAAUUUGAGACAGCAUUAGAAGAAGUGAAAAAAUUUGUUGUAGACAAGAUAGAGAUUAAUCGUCAUUAUUAUAAUGCUUAAUUAGAAUUGUUAGGUAGGAUUCAUACAGAUUUUCCUUUCAUAUUAUUAUCUGGAUUCCAAUAAUAUUAUUUAAAGGAUUUUUCUGUUAAAUUUCCCUACGAAACAAUUAAGAGCAUUUAAUAAUCUUUAAGUCACUAAGCAAUAGUAUGUCUUGGUGGAAUUGACAUGAAAACACCAGAUCGUUUUAUUUUAAUGGCUUGUGAUUAUGCAUUUGAAGUAUUUUAAGAAACAGUCAGCAAGUCAAAGGCAAGAAAAAGUAGAAGCAGUGAUGAAUUGUAUUGGUAUCUAGUAAGGAAUCACUCAAUAGGAUUUUCUCCAAAAGAAAUGAUUGAUCUUAGGUAAACUGAUAAUUAUGAUGUUGAUGAUACGAGAAGAUUCAGUCAUCUUUUAGAUCAUCCCCAUGGAGGAGGAAGAAGAAUAGGAAAUUAACUCACUUUAUCAUAUUCAACUGAUUAUGGUUUUGCAAUUUUUGCCAUUAAUUGA